CAUUCUGGAAGCACCUUUCUCUCUCCUUUCUCCAUUGACAUAAAUAAUAAUAUGAUCCUGAGAUCUGUUAAUGGAUUAAUGAUGGAAAUUUAGUUUCAGCUAUAGCUAGGUCAUGACUUGCAGUACUACAGAAAUGGCCUUCUUCCCUGCCAACUUCUUGAUGCAAGUCUCUCAUGAUCAAGAUCAAGACAAUCAUCAUCAUAAUCAUCCCUCUUCUCUCUCUUCAAUUCUCCCACCUCAAGAAUUUCACGGAGUGGCUUCCCUGUUAGGGAAGAGAUCGAUGUCGUUUGGGGGAGGUAUGAACGAAACCCAGUUCGAUAACCAGGAGAUGAACGGAGAACAAGAUGAACUAUCCGACGAUGAAUCACAACCUGGAGAGAAAAAGAGGCGUUUAAACAUGGAACAAGUGAAAACCCUAGAGAAGAACUUUGAAUUGGGGAAUAAACUCGAACCGGAGAGAAAAAUGCAGUUGGCCAGAGCACUCGGACUUCAGCCACGUCAAAUCGCCAUUUGGUUUCAAAACAGAAGGGCGAGGUGGAAGACAAAGCAAUUGGAGAAAGAUUAUGAAAUUCUCAAGAAACAAUUUGAUACCCUUAAGGCUGAUAAUGAUGUUUUACAAACCCACAAUCACAAACUUCAUGCCGAGUUAUUGUCAUUAAAGGGAAGAGAACCGACAGAGUCCAUAAACCUUAAUAAAGAGACUGAAGGGUCGUGUAGUAACAGGAGUGAGAACAGCUCAGACGUGAAACUCGAUAUAAUCUCAAGGCCACCGGUCCAGACGGCACCGGCGCCGCCGCCGCCGGAAAACAGUUGCAGGCCAGUCUUCCCGGCGCCGCCAACUGUAGCCCAUCAACUCUUCAUCAACAACUCCUCCUCCGCCGCAAGAUCGGAUCUUCAAUGGCAGAAGCUUGCAUCUGUUACUAAUAAUGAUCAAUCUGUUAAAGAAGAAAGCUUUUGCAACAUGUUCAAUGGAAUUGAUGAUCAGCCAGGAUUCUGGCCUUGGUUGGAACAGCAGCAAUUCAACUGAAUUAUAAUAAUAUUAUAAUUAAUUAAUGAAAAAAAAACUGAAUUUCAGGAUGAAGAGGAAUCAGCAAUCUUUGAAGCAGUUAAAUUUUACUUGAAUGAAUGAAUUUUACUGUUUUGGGUAAAUAGAUUUUUAGAAAAAUCAUAUAUGACUGGCCGGGGGAUCAAUUUGUUGAAUUUUUAUUCACGUGGGAUUUUCCAGAUUUUAUUUCUUGUAUAAAUAAAUUGAAAAGGGCAAAGUUACAUGCCUUUUAAUUUUAUAACACCCAAUUUUUAUUUUA